AUGCAAAACGGCAGCCUGGAUCUGUUCAUCGGAAAAGGGUUUCUUGACUGGAAAACUAGGCACAAGAUAUUGACAGGGUUGGCUUCCGCAUUACUAUACCUCCACGAAGAGUGUGGAAACCCUGUGGUUCAUCGAGACGUUAAGCCUAGCAACGUGAUGUUAGAUUCUGAUUAUAAUGCCCAUUUGGGUGAUUUCGGGCUUGCAAGAUUGCUCCAAAACGACGCGUCGGUUACAACCAUGUUGGCUGGGACUCCAGGCUAUUUGGCCCCAGAAGUAGGCUUCACAGGAAAGGCUACGCCGGAAUCGGACGUGUAUAGCUUUGGCAUGGUGGUUCUAGAAGUAAUAUGUGGGAAAAGAUCGAGGGGUGUCAUGGACGAAGACAGUUUGGUAGAUUAUGUAUGGAAUUUGUACGGGAAAAAUGUGUUGCUUGAGUGUGUGGACAAGAAGCUCGAAGGGAACUGCAAAUUUGAUGAGGAGGAAGUGAAGAGGACGCUGAUUGUAGGGCUUGCAUGUUUGCACCCAGAUUCUAGUUUCCGGCCUAGGAUCAGAAAAGUGGUGCAUAUUCUUUUGAACCCAAACGAGCCGGCCCUGAUGAUCAACUUGCCAGAAACUCGACCUUGUGGAUUUUAUGUAUCGAUAUCUUCUUCUUCUGCUGCUUACACAACCACAAAUUUUGGCUCUAAAACUGGCUCUGCUUUGCUUGAUCAUGAGAUCGAUUGA